AUGAGAAGUAGUAAUCUUGCGUCUGUCUUGACUUGUAGACACCCUACAUCAUGUUGCAGUGCAGCAGAGAUCAUGUCUGUGCUGUUUUUCCAUACCAUGAGGUACAAAGUGCAAGAUCCCAGAAACGCCAGCAACGACCGGUUUGUUCUCUCAAAGGGUCAUGCAGCACCAAUUUUAUAUUCUGUUUGGGCAGAGGCUGGCUUUCUACAAGAAGCAGAAUUACUGAAUUUGAGGAAAAUUGAUUCUGUCUUAGAAGGACACCCAGUACCAAGACAAGCUUUCACUGAUGUGGCUACUGGAUCCCUGGGUCAGGGCCUUGGUGCCGCAUGCGGAAUGGCGUACACCGGCAAAUUCUUUGACAGAGCCAGCUAUCGGGUGUAUUGUUUACUUGGAGAUGGAGAGUUAUCUGAAGGUUCUGUUUGGGAGGCGAUGGCCUUUGCUGGGUUUUACAAGCUUGAUAAUCUUGUUGCUAUAUUUGAUGUUAACCGUCUUGGACAAAGUGACCCCGCUCCGCUGCAGCAUCAUGUUGAAAUAUACCAGAAACGCUGCGAAGCCUUUGGCUGGCAUGCCAUCAUCGUUGAUGGACACAGCGUGGAGGAACUUUGCAAAGCCUUUGGCCAGGCCAAACAUCAGCCAACAGCGAUCAUUGCAAAGACUUUUAAAGGCAAAGGCAUAUCAGGUGUUGAAGAUAAGGAAAGUUGGCAUGGAAAGCCCCUUCCAAAAAACAUGGCUGAACAAGUCAUUCAGGAAAUAGAUGACAAAAUCCAAAAUAAGAAAAAACUUUCUCCAGCCCUCCCGGAAGAAGAUGCACCUAUAGUAAAUAUUAGAAACAUUAAGAUGCCAUCUCCACCGACUUACAAAGUGGGAGAAAAGUGGGCUACUCGCAAAGCUUACGGUGUUGCACUUGCAAAACUGGGCCACGCUAACGAUCGAGUGAUUGCUUUGGAUGGGGACACAAAGAACUCCACCUUCUCGGAGCUUUUUAAGAAAGAACAUCCCAAUCGCUACAUCGAAUGCUACAUUGCUGAACAGAAUAUGGUGAGCGUUGCAGUUGGAUGUGCCACUCGUGACAGAACUGUUGCUUUUGCCAGCACCUUUGCUACCUUCUUCACUCGAGCGUUUGAUCAGAUCCGCAUGGCCGCCAUCUCCGAGAGUAACAUCAAUCUCUGCGGGUCGCACUGCGGGGUUUCCAUUGGUGAGGAUGGGCCAUCCCAGAUGGGACUGGAGGAUCUGUGCAUGUUCCGUGCUGUUCCCAAUGCCACCGUGUUUUAUCCUAGUGAUGCUGUAGCCACGGAAAAAGCAGUGGAAAUAGCUGCCAACACCAAGGGCAUUUGUUUCAUAAGAACUAGUCGUCCUGAAAAUCCUGUCAUUUAUAACAACAAUGAGGACUUCCACAUUGGACAGGCGAAGGUGAUUCUGAAGAGUAAGGAUGACCAUGUGACCGUGAUUGGAGCAGGCGUCACUCUGCAUGAGGCUCUGGCUGCAGCAGAGCAGCUGAGAAAAGGUGAUCAGAUUAUGGAAUUGUUUUCUUCCUUUUUUUUUAGCAUUUAA